CGAAAGUGAGUUGAGAGCAAUCAACCUCAAUCAAACACAAUGUCCGUCAAUAACAACGCUGAUCUCAAAAAUGACUUUGAGCUCUCUAACCCGCCAGAGGACUCCAUUUCCGAUAUGGCAUGGUCAUCACAACAAGAUUUCCUAGCCGUCGCAUCAUGGGAUAAGAAGAUGAGGAUUUAUGAGGUGCUCUCGAAUGGACAGACGAUUGGGAAAGCCAUGUGGGAGCAUGAAGCCCCGGUUCUGUCCUGUCACUGGUCAAAGGACGGAACGAAGGUUGCAAGUGGAGGAGCCGAUAAAGCUGGUCGCAUCUUCGAUAUCGCGAGUGGACAGUCACAACAAGUAGCUGCUCACGACGCCCCCAUUAAAUCCGUCCGCUGGAUCGACGCCGGUCAGGGAGGUAGCCUCCUCGCUACCGGAUCCUGGGACAAAACCGUCAAAUACUGGGAUCUCCGACAACAAUCCCCCGUCGCGACACUCAACCUCCCCGAACGUGUUUACGCCAUGGAUGUGGUGAAUCAGUUGAUGGUGGUGGGAACUGCGGAACGACAUAUCUGUAUCGUGAACUUGAGUAAUCCGACGAAUAUCUACAAGACACUUCAGAGUCCGUUGAAGUGGCAGACGAGGACUGUGGCGUGUUUCCCGAAUGGAAGUGGGUAUGCGGUGGGAAGUAUUGAGGGGAGGUGUGCGAUUCAGUAUAUUGAGGAUAAGGAUCAGAGUUUGAACUUCUCCUUCAAGUGUCAUCGUGAGACGCCCUCGGGAGUCAACCAGCCAGCUCAGGUGUAUGCUGUGAAUGCUCUGUCAUUCCACCCUCUACACGGUACAUUCUCGACUGCUGGUUCCGAUGGUUCUUUCCACUUCUGGGACAAGGAUUCGAAGCAUCGUUUGAAGGGAUACAACCCUCUUGGGGCUACCAUCCCAUGCACUGCCUUUAACCAUAACGGAACUAUCUUUGCCUACGCUUUGUCAUAUGAUUGGAGCAAGGGCUACCAAACCAACACCCAGCAAUACCCCAACAAGAUCAUGCUUCACGCUACGAAGGAUGAAGAAGUCAAGCCUCGGCCCAAGGGAAAGCGUUAGUCGUCUGAACAAAAUAUCACUUACCCCAUAUCCUCCGGUGUCCUCGGGUGUCCUCGAGGAAGCACAAGCAGGAUCAGAAGAAACUCGCAGUGUCAUGAUCAAGGAACGUCCAUGAAAUAACCAGUUAUAGACCCAUACCGAUUAGCGGUGUAAUGAGAAACCAACAUUCUUAUCCUGU